AUGAGUAUAGGCAUAAUUAAAGCUAAAUGUGCAAUUUCCAUUCCUCAAUCUAGUAAUGUUCCUGGUGCUAUGCCCAUACUGAUGACAUUAUAGAAUUUAGAAAACGAUAGUAUAACUAUGAAAAUAAAAUAUUUUACUAGAGAACUAAUACGAACCAAAAUAAGGAGAAUCAAUUUUCAUUCCUUUCAUUAAUGAAAGAGAUAAGAUGAAUAGACUUGUUUAAGCAGAUAAAUACUCAACACCUAAAAAAUAGCAUUUCUAAUAAGUUUAGGAAACUACAAACGAAAAAUGGAUUCAACAUGAUCCUAUGAAAUUAAAAAUACCACCUAAAAGGUUAUCCUUAGAAGAUAGAAACGUUAGUAAUCAAUGUUAUUUAUUUAGGUAAGCAUAGAAGUAGAUCUAAUGCUGAAUUACGAAUCAAAAUUAUUUAAGCAACUACAGAAAGAUAGAGUUUAUUAAUUUCUUAAGAUUAAUCUAUUUAACCUUAAUUUGAAGAGUAUAAGAAAGCUGCCUAUGAAAAUAUAUUAAAUAAAAAGAAACAAAUUCUUUAAUCUUCACCUCAACACUAACUGGUUAAGCAUUAAAGCACUGAAAAUUUAUAACAAUUACCUAUCUCAACACUUGAAAAAUUAAAAUAAUCAAGAUCUCCUUCAUUUAUACUAAUCAAAAAAUAAAUCUAAUAAACUCCCUCUAAGCAUUAACAUUUCCUAAAUUUUAAAUUACCUUCUCUUAUUUAAAAAGAGUAUAUCAAACAAUUUUUAGAUAAUAACAAAAAAGUUAAAGAUCUGAUAAAGGAAUAAAAUGAUGAAAAUUUUAAAUUUCCUACAGACUUUGAACCAAAAAUAGUAGAAAUGAAAAAACAGUUAAAAAAAAUGAAAAGCAGACUUAAAAAUUGGGAAACUCAUAGGGAAGCUACAGAUAAUAAAGUAUUUCUAAAAGAAAUUGCAUCUGGGAUAUUAAAUAAAUGA